CCACAAUCAGUCGGCCUCGAUGACGGAAUGUGUGAAAUUUUAAGAUGGUGAUGAAGAGUGUUUUCUUUAAUGUAUUUUAAAAAAAUAUACUAGUAGUCAACUUUAUAAUUUGGAUAUUAAGGAUGUGCACUGUUAUAUGACUGCUUAUAUGAUAGUAAAAAUUGAUAUACAGUAACGAACUUAGUAGUGUUGAACGUGUUUUGUCGGAUCAUUGACAUUGUUUCGUUAUAAAUUUUUAUACCAUCGUGAUUGUUAUGUUUGUGCUUGCAUCGUGCACUUUUUUAGAUCCAAGUAAAUGGAUUAAACAUUUCUAAUGUUUUCGAAGCCAUGGAAAGACAGGAGCGAACAUAUGCCAAAAUGGAGGCUACGGAUUCCGUAGACACCAAGCAGUCAAAGCAGCGAGCGUCGAUAAAAUGGCUCUUGUCGAAGGCAUUCAACAACCGGGUACCAGAAAAUCUUCAGGAACCGUUCUACAGAGAUCAUGAAGAUCAGGAACAUUUAAAGCCACCGAUAGUGGGCGGGCUGGCCAACGCGGAGCUGUACUGCCUCGCGUUGGCCAACAUGUACUCAGACCCCAACUACCACAGCCUCAACCACUGGAACAUCCUGCAGACCCUGACGAGGAAGGGCAUCCAGAUCCCAGACCCAGCCGACUGCGCCCUCACCGAGACUGUACUCAUACAAACCAACCCCAUUAAAAUGAGCGCUCACCUGUGCGUCAUGGAGGCGGUGAUGUGUCUGUACGCGCGGGAGGUGGUGACCCUGGACCGCGUGUCGGCAGCGGCACAGAGGUUCGGGGUGCAGCAGUCGGUGGGGGGGACGGGGGUGCCGCACGAGGACGGGCUGCUGGCGUGGAUCAAUGCCGCGUGCACCGCGCUCAAUAAAGCUGAGGAGAACUCGUCAUGUCACGUGCCGAUGGUGAAGAGUCUCCAGGACCUGUGUGACGGCACGUCCCUGGCCGCUUUGAUCUCGUUCUACUGCCCGGAGUCUUUACCCCGCAGUUCGGUCCGCGUGGGUCGCAUGUCCUCCAUACAGGACUGUCUCCACAACCUCAUGCUGGUCAACGACUUCUGCAGCAGCAGCCUGCCCCAUAACGUGUUCCACAUGAUGCCCGAGGACGUCACUUAUAUGAGAGGAUCAAUGCGGCAGAACCUAAUAGCGAUGCUCGCGGAUCUCUUCAACAUGCUGGAAGUACAUCCGGUCAAAUGUGUUAAAUAUCCUGGCAGCGCGGCGCGGGAGUGCAACUCGCUGGGUGUGAGGUGCCGCCGCGGGCUGCCGGCGCCCCCGCCCGCACCCAUCCCGCACCUGAGGGACGAUCCCCACCACCCACACCAACAAAACAAGCCCGCUCCCUUCGCAGUGUCCCGCUCUCCCCCGGGUCGUGUUCGCCCCGGCCGGUCUUCCUGUUCCACUCCAGAGCGUCGCAGCGCCAGUCCCCAGCGCGAGGAGUUCGUGGUUCACAGCAGGAGGGCCAUCACUACGCUGUCCGCUAUGGCCAGGAGGGACGAGGACCACGUAUUAUCGGAACAAGUGGCGGCCGGCCGGCCGUCCAAGUGGGCCGACAGUAGGGACAGCUUCGCGGGGAGACGGUCGCGGCGCUCGAGCGUGACGGACGACUCCCAGCUCACUGUAGAGAACUUCGGGGGCUCCCAGGACAGGCUGCACUUCGCGGGGAGGAACCCGGAGAAGGAACUGGCCACUGUCACCGGCCUCGCUGUCAGGAAGAUAUCAGCACCCGCCGGUCCGUUAGAGCACACCCCUCCCCUGCGCUCGUCCCGCCAGGACAUCCGCGGCUCCAUCCAGUUCUUCCACGGCGACUACACCAACGGCCAGGAAGAGCGAGGGAAGGUGGACCGACAGCACUCGCAACCGAACGAACAGAGCUACCAACCGAUCAGACGACAGCUCAGCAGCGACACCAUCACCAUCACCAAGAACAUGGCCUUCAACUAUAAAGGAGGCGGCGACGGGUUCCAUCUCAAUGAGAGAGACGCGCCCGACGGAGACGCCUCCAAGACGACCUUCACGGAUAUCAAAGUUAGAAGUAAUGGCGAUCAAGCGGGAGUGCCGUCCUCGGGCCGCAAGAUGUCUUCCAGCUCGCCGCCUCCCGCUACCACCACGUGGCAGCAGCACUUCAUGCAGCACGACCAUCACAACGGGGACGAUCUGUCGGACGAGGCGACGUCUCCGAGCGGCGGCGCCAUGGCGGCGCAGCUGAACAACAUACGGCUCAAGCUGGAGGAGAAGAGACGGAGAAUAGAACAGGAGAAGAGGAGGAUGGAGGUGGCCGUCAACAGGCAGCGACAGCAGCUCGGACAACAGGCCUUCCUACAGGCUGUGACCAGGGGUAAGGGCGCGCGCACACCGGCCGACGACGCGCCCGCUGACACGCAUCAGGAGAUGGUGGUGGACGCCCCCAACCAAACUGUGGACAAUGUAGCGUUGGAACAAUACCAACAAUCGAUAGCGAAAAUGAACUCCAGCCUGCAGGAUAUACAGAGCGACAUUGCGCGCCUCGCCAGCCAGCAAACACAGCUACAACAGCAGCAGCAGCAGCAAGCCCAACAGCAGCAGCAACAACACCAGCAGCAGCAGCAGCAACAGCAGCAACAACAAUUGCAACAGCAACUACAGCAGCAACAACAGCAAUUACAACAACAGCAGCAACAGCUGUUACAGCAACAGCAACAAGCCAAGCAACUAUUUCAACAGCACCAACCGCCGCCGUCCCCAUUCCAACAACAUAUACAGCAAAACAUUCCACAACUGCACAGCCAAUUCAGCUCACAGCACAAUGUGUCGCGGACGAUCAACAGCUUCGGCUCCACCCCGCACAUACCGAGGGACUUCUACCAGUCCAACCAGAUGACCAACCAGAUGGGAACCCAGUUGGCCAACAUGUUGAACAACCAGCUGGGCAACCAGUCGCCGCAGACCUUUCAGUAUCAGUUUAGGGAUAUAGACCAAGAAUUCGGAAGACAACAGUUCUAUUUGCACGAUAGUCCGCCGCCGCCUCAAAGGCGGACGUGGGCGCAGCACGCCCAGAUGCAGCAGGAAAAUACAGAGCUCAGAGGCUGGCAGCUUCAUCAGCAGAACAACCAGCAGUCUCAGUAUCAGCAGCCUCCGGAGCCGGCGACACGCACCUGGAAGUCUCCCUCGCCUCAGCCGCCACCGGCCGAGCGUACCUGGACCCCACAGGACACGUUCAAGGUGCACUACAACACGGACAGAUACCAGAACGGUAUCGAAAGGGAAAACAAUCACCUCAGCUACACAGUGGCUGGAGGUCAGUUCGUCUCGCAGUCACCUCCACCUGCGAGCCCACGUCGAGCUCGCACGCCCCAGAGACAAGGCUCGCUGCCUGAGGCGCGACGGACCGAGCCUGUGGCACUGCAUCAGCUGCACGCUCACACGACACACUCCACACACACGUCGCCGGCGCCCGUGCCCGCUCCGCCGCCCGACGACAUGGAGCCGCAGAACAUCUCCUUCAUCGGUAACGCCGAAGACGAUGCGCUCCGCCAGGGCAUCAACAGACUGAACAUCUCCUCAGGGACACGCACCUACCGCAUCCCCUCCCCGACCAGGCCGUCCCUCGGCAAGAACUCCUUCCAGCGACUCGAGCGCGAGGAGCCCAGCGAGAAGGGCUUCUACAUAUCGUUCGACAACGAGCAGCCGAAACGGCCUAAACCCCCGCUGAGAGCGAAACGGGGUUCACCUCGCAAAGAACGGAACGAGUACCCCAGUCCAGAGAGGAGUCCUGAAGAAACGUGGAGUGAGCGAGUCUCGGAGCGGGUGGAGCGAGGGGAACGUGCUGCGGGCGUCGGCAGCGCGGCCAGUGGAGGAGCGGGAGGAGUCGCUGACGUCAUGGCGGGGGAGGCGAGGAGACUGUCCCCAGUACGAGUGCCUAGCGCUGAACCAGCCGCGCUCGUUAUAGGAGAAAUGAACCCGGACCCUAAUUCUGCGGAGGAGAUGGAGCGAAAGAAAGAACGCAUCAUGCUGCUGUCCCUGCAACGACGGCAGCGGGCGGACGAGGCGCGGGCGAGGGCCGAGGCAGCGGCGGCCGCGAGACGGGCACGAGACGAGGCCGAGGCCGAGAGGAAGGCGGCUCGGAAGGAGGAGCAGGCCCGGCGGAGGGAGGCUAUCCUACAGCAGUACAAGCUCAAGAAGGCUAUCGAGGAGGCCGAGCGAGAGGGUAAGGUGCUUGACAAGUCCGACCUGAUGGAGGUGAUGAAGCAUGGCAGCGGCGCGGCGACGCCGGCCGGGCCGCGGCUGCGCGGCAAGCAAGCGGCACGAGCUCGGCCGAAGACCAUACACGUGGACAGCGGAGCGCUCCAGGCCGCUGAGGGCAUGCUGGGAUCCAAGCAACCGUCCUCAACGAACCUCACUGGCACUAUGAGACGUGACUACUACCGCGGCUCGCAGGACAACCUCGAAAGGGCCACUACUAUGUAUAGAGAGUCUCCUGUAGAGGACCGCGGUGCCAUGUCCCCCGGCAGCGCCUCCAGCGGUCCCCUCGGUCGCCGCGGCUCUUGCAAGACAUCACGAGAGCGUGUGAAUGAUGAACCACAGUCGACUCGUGGAAGGUCUAAAUAUUCCACUUACCAGAAUAACUUUAAGGCGGGGAGGAAAUCUAGCUCUCUUAUGAACUUGUGCGACUCGGGUCUCGGUCGUGCUACGCCCCCUCGUCGCGCGGCGUCCCCCGGCGGGCGAGCGCUCGGCUCUCCGGCCUCGGGGCCCGGGUCCCUGCCUGGAGCCCUUCCGGGAGCCAUCGGGAAGAGGAGGCACCACGACGACGGAUCAGACGUGUCCUCCACACACUCCUCCAUCAUGGACUACUCCGGUCCUCGUCUGUACAAACAGCCGGCGACGAAGUCCAACCGCGGUAUAAUGUUGAACGCUGUUGAGUACUGCGUGUUCCCGGGGGCCGUGAACGCCGAGGCCAAGCGGCGUGUGCUGGAGGAGAUCGCUCGCAGUGAGAGCAAACACUUCCUGGUGCUGUUCCGGGACGCUGGCUGCCAGUUCAGGGCGCUCUACAGCUACUGCCCCGACACCGACACCGUCGCCAAGUUGUACGGCACGGGACCCAAACACGUCAACGAUAGAAUGUUCGACAAGUUCUUCAAGUAUAAUUCGGGCAGUAAAUGCUUCUCUCAAGUUCACACGAAGCACCUGACCGUCACCAUAGAUGCCUUCACGAUACACAACUCCCUGUGGCAGGGAAAGAAGGUCCAGUUGCCGAGCAAGAAGGACAUGGCGCUCGUCAUCUAGGGCUGCGUCUCAUCGUUAACAAUACACGUUAUCUAGUCGCCGGCUGUAGUCGAGUCAAGCCUUACAGACUCCCGGCUUAAAACGCCUCGCUGGAACGUCGAGACGCUGUAUUGAACUCAGCGAGUUUCUCGUGCCGGGAAUCGUUUUAAUAAUUUCUUUUUUUUUAUAUAUAUCGUGGUUGUAAGCUGCAUUUACUUAGUCUUAAUGCACACAGAUUAAAAAUGUCGAAGCCGGUUUUAAUCUAUGACAGUAAGACGGUCCUGUGAAUGCAGUCGUCGUUCAGAAACGUCGCACUGAAUGUUGAUAGUUUGUUACUUGCGACGAUUUUGCAACGAUCCGAUGGUCGAGGUCUGUGUGACGGAGAGGAGGGGCGGAAACUCGAAUCCGAUAGGUGAUGGCGCGCCUCGACCUGACUGGAAUGUUCUAGAUAUAUAUAUAUUUUGGCUUUAAGGCGUCCUUUAUCGAUUUUAACGUGUUUUAGCGUAAUCAUUGCUUAAGUAAAUUUGGCUUUAAUAAACGUAUCUUUAUGCGGACUCAUUCUAGUUAGGUCGCGGCCGCGGCGGCCCGCGUGUCGUGGUCCGAAACGCGUUUCAAUUUUGUUAUCGAUCAGAAGUGUGUGUAGCGCCUAAUGCCGAAAGUCUCAAAUAUUAUUAUUACCGACUAAUUAUGUGAUAUCAGCUGAUUAAUAACCAAAAUAUCUUAGUGUUUUUUUGUUAUGCCUUUUGAGAUUUUUCAGAGACUCGCUGGUAGUUGUCGUCGCUGAAAAUUAAUUUUGCUCGUCAGCAGCCAAUCGCGUGUGCCGCAUCACACACACCGUUGUAUAGCGUCCUGUAUGCAACUAUUUUUAUAUUCUGUAAUCCAAAUGGUUUCCUCUCUUUGUGUGGCGAACUAUCGUUUUAUUUCAUUGUUACAUUGUGUUUUGUCUUGGGAUGAUUGUGAUUAUUUUAAUUCUUAUCUCGAUGUACACUCGUGUGUGUGGUGACGCUACAUAGUAUGAAUGCGUGUAGCCGGAUGCGUCGGGAUCAGUGUUCGCAGUGUAUGCCAUAUGUAUUAGUGAGAUGGUCGUUACGUUCCAAGUGUCUCAAACGGAAACUAUUUUGUUCCAGGUUCAAUAUCGCCCCCUCCCCCUCCUCCCCCCACCACUCUCGCAUCUCUCACUCAAUAUUUCGAAGUCGGCGCUCUUCAUUCACUGCCAUUUUAUUAAUACUCAAACAUGCAGUUUUAUAUGAAUAUUGCUUUAGCCGUCGGAUAGUUGUAAGCGAGGCGGGGAUCGUCACUGUAUUCUUUCUUACCUCGACGGACGAGUUCAGAUAAGAAAGACUGUUGUUUACAUGUAAUAGCGAAACAUGCAAUUCUGUCAGCGAUGAGAGGUGGAGGGGGGACGUGGUGGGGGGAGGGCUCGUAUGUAGUAAGGAAUAACAAAUUCACAAACUAAUCUCUGCUUACACGUAAUAUUUAACUUGUUAGUGAUUAUUUCAAUUGACUGGAGAUAUGAUUAAGAUGAUUAUGUCUGAUUGACCUUCAUUUACGUUGAAUCGAAACCAAUUUUUACUGCUUGUAUAGCUCUAAGAGGACAAGGCGCACUCUACGCGGUUAUCGUACUGCCUUAUUCUGUAAAUAAUUGUUUUCGUUUUUGUAUACAGCUAUUUAUUAAAACGAUGUUAAACUGAAAUUUAUGUAUAUCAUUCGAUUGUUCAAUGAUUGGGUCAUCAAUUAUGUACUACCGAUAGCGUAUGGUAUGCAAAUAUAUUGUAUUAUUAAAAAGCAUAACGAAAUAAUAUUGAAUUUCAUAUUA